GCCCUCUCCAGGCUCCUCCCCCACUUCCCUCUCCAGGCUGACCUGCGGUUCCCUCCUCUCUCCCCAUCCCCCAGCCGCACCCUUAGGUCCAGGCUGGGCGGGCACUACCCUGCCCCUUAGAGCGGGGCGGGGCGCCACGUGACCCUCCCCGCCCCCGUGGCCAGGAGUCAGCGGCUUCUGCUGGUACAGGCGGCUGUUCUCGUGCAGGGGGCGUGCGUGAUGGCUGCGGCGGGGUCCGGCGGCGGCGGCGGGAUCCCCGGCUCGGGGCGGGCGCUGCUACUGCUGGUGGUGCUGCUGCUGGGCUCCCCGCCGGCCGGCCGCGGCCUGCACACCAAGGGUGCGCUGCCCCUGGACACCAUCACCUUCUACAAGGUCAUUCCCAAGAGCAAAUAUGUCCUGGUGAAGUUUGACACCCAGUACCCUUAUGGAGAGAAGCAGGACCAGUUCAAAGCCCUGGCAGAGAGCUUGGCAUCCAGUGAAGACCUCCUAAUCGGGGAGGUGGGGAUCUCAGAUUAUGGCGACAAGCUGAACCUUGAACUCGGUGAGAAGUACAAGCUCAGCAAAGACAAAUACCCCAUCUUCUACCUCUUCCAGGAUGGGGACCUUGAGAACCCAGUGCUCUACCAGGGGCCGGUGAAGGUGGGCGCCAUCCAGCGCUGGCUGAAGGGCCAGGGCAUCUACCUGGGCAUGCCUGGAUGCCUGCUGACCUAUGACACCCUGGCCGCCCAGUUUCUGGGCACUACAGGGGCAGAGGAACGCCGGGCCCUGAUAGAGCAAGGCCAGGCCGGCCUGGCCAAUGUCAAAGAAGCCGAGAAGAAGUGGGCCGAGCAGUACCUGAAGAUCAUGGGGAAGAUCCUGGACCAGGGGGACGGCUUCGCAGCCGCAGAGACUGCCAGGCUCACGAAGCUCAUCGACAAGAACAAGAUGAGCGAGGGCAAGAAGGGGGAGCUCCAGAAGACUCUGAACAUCCUCACGGCCUUUCAGAAGAAGGGAGCGGCGGGGAGAGAGGAGCUCUGAGGAGGAUCGGGGGCAGAGGGCCUGGAAGAUCCCAGGGCAGGGGAGAGGAAGCGGAAGGACCCAGGCCUCAGGGACGCCAGGUGUGGGCACCAGACACACUCGAGCGCCUCCCCUUGCCCUCGGUGGUGACUGGGGAGAAGUCUGUAAAAGAAGACUUGGUGCUAAGACCUAAAAUAAAGCAUCCGAUGCUCGGGCCCCUCCGAGGAUCAGUCUCCGUGUUCUGGUGUGGAAGCCCCCCACCUACCGCCAGCCCCUCUCAGCGGAUGGCUUCCUCCUCUUCCUCUGGCUGGCCGGGCCCUCAGCUCCCAUUUCCGCCGUGCCCUCUCCCCUGCCCCCGUCUCUUGUAGCAGUGGAGAGCAGCCCACAUCCUCCUGGUUAGUCCAGAAGCGGGUCUGGUUUCGAGGCCCGCCUCUCCCUCACUGGCCCAGGUGGGCCUCCCUCACUCCCUGGUGUGACCGAGGAGGAUGGGGUCAUCGCAGGAGCUCCUGAAACUGGGGAGGCCAAGGAUGGACCACGCUGUUUUCUAUGAGCCGUUGCUGCAGAACAAUAUAUUUUCUCACUGCCUA